AUGUCGGACUCUAUCACGCUGGCGGAUGCCGACACGGUGCGGUCGGCGAGGUCGCGGCCCGUCUCGCGGGCCAGGUCGCGGGCGUCUCGGCCUUCCUCAGCGUCGUCGACGCGCUCUACGCGCUCGACGCGCUCGAUGCUGGUGGAGGACGAGAUGUCCGGAUGUUUAGUGUCGAGCGAAGACGGGCUCGCAAAAACGGCCGUGUCGAAGCGGCCGCACGCGGAUGGACCGGGCCCUUCCGGGGCGGCGGGCGGGAGUGCCAAGCCGUCGAAGAUCCCCUGCCCGUCGGCCGGAAACGGGGUCACCUUAUUGGUGCCCCUGGGCCGUAAUACGGAGAGUCCGGCAACGUCGCCGAAAUCCCGGCGGCAAGAGAAACGGGGGGACGACGAGAUGUUCGUCCGACCCUCGGAGGUCCCUGUGGGGAAGGGGAAAGUCCCCCCAAAAGAUGACAUGCAGCCUGUGGCCGUCUUCAGGGCGGAGGCCCAGAAAAAGCUGGUGGCUGCCCUGGAGACGGUGCGCAGGUGCGGAAACCUUAAGGGGACCGACCAAAAGCUGCUGAGGGACAACAUCGGCGCUGUGAUGCGAUUGGCGGAGGGCUUGGAUGUUAAUGCCCCCGCCAACAACGACUUCACCGCGAUGGCUGUGGAGCGCCGGGAUAUGGAGAAGCGAAUUGGGGAGCUCCAUAAAGAAAAUAAGGAGCUCCGUCGCCAGAUCCAGGCGCUCCAAACACAAAUGCAGCAGCUCGCGGCGAGGACACCACAGACUCCCUCAGCUGCUUCCCAGGCACCACAGGGGCCUGCGAGGGUGAGGGCACCUGGCCCGGCCCCGGCGUCAGUGAUAGACACCGAGGAACUGCGGGCGGAACUUCUGCGCUCGACCGGGUUUAUGGUCGACGCCCGUUUCCAGGAGCUGAAGGAAAUGAUCCAAAAGGUUCAUUCCCUUCAGGAGGCGUCGAUCCGCCCGGGGAUGUCGGCUCAGGGACGCCCCCAUUUGCGCGGGGCGCGAGGCGCUGAAUUCCCGCCGCUUCCAGUGGCUCAGCCGACCAGCCGGCCGACCUCCGGUAGUCAACAGCCGGGGCCGUCGGGCGCGGGGCGCGCAAACGAUGGCUGGAGCACGGUGGUGAGACGGGGCGGUAAAAAUCGCAACGUCCCUGAGAGGCAGACCCAGAGUACUCAAGGUACUCAGAGGAGCUCUGGGGCCCCCUCUCAGGGGAAGAAGGGCAAACCGGCCCCGCCCUCACCAUCAAAAUUGCGCGCACCGCGCUCGGCGGCUGUAGUUGUCUCCCUUUGUCCGGAGGCGGAAGCGGCGGGAAUGACCUAUUCAAAGGUCCUCAAGGAGGCGAAGGACAAGAUUGACCUCGCCUCCUUGGGCAUAAACAGUCUGCGGUUUAAGACCGCGGCCACUGGGGCCCGGAUCCUAGAGAUCCCAGGGUCCCAGCCGGGAGACCAGGCCGACGCGCUCGCGUCGAAGUUCCGGGACGUCUUCCCGGAAGGUACAGUCCGAAUCGUCAGGCCCACAAAGACGGCCGAAAUGAGGGUCAUGGGCUUGGAUGACGGUACCGACCGGGAGGUGUGGCGGCUGCCGUGGCACAGCACGUGGAACAAGACAUCAAUAAUUUGUGUAUUUCUUCGUUACAAAGGGGCCGUCCACAAAAGCGUAAACCAGGUCGACCUAGAACGUCAGAGAAAUCCCGUGCGGAACAACGGCGUGAUGCUAAUCGGCGUUAUAAACAAGGGCAUCCUGAAGUAG